CCGAUGAUACCAUUCCCACCCCUAAUUUUCCAUAUCGACCUUCCGCCCAACACGGGCGGUCGGAGACGCAACGAUGCAUGUGACCCACACGAGACGUGGCACCACCAAGUCAUUCGCCCUUACCGCGUGUCACCAGCGCGUCCGCACGCCUGGCUUCGGCACCGCCGCUCACCUGCACGCAGCACCCAAACCCAACACCCGGCCGUACCCAGCAGCGGUGCCGCCCGCGUGGUGCUAUAAAUCCAGGAAGAAGAAGAAAACUCAAGACUCGAACCCACCGCUGCUGAAGAAGCUGGGCGGCAUGUCCGGUGCGCAAGGAGCGCAGCCCAAGGAAUCGCUGACGCCGACGACGUACGAGUCGGUGCCGACGGAGGAGAACAAGACGCGGCUGGACCCGCGGUCGAAGGAGGACGAGGGCAUGAUCAAGAUCGAGAAGCAGCAGGACAAGGUGGAGGACGCCGCCGGUGGGGGCGGCCCCGUGUUCGGUGCCGGCAAGGAGGAACACAAGCCGGACCUCGGCGUCACCGGCACCGGUCGAAGGGCUCAUGUUAAUCCAGAGAGAGAGAGAGAGAGAGAGAGAGAGAGAUGUACGGAUGGAUAGGCGUACGAGUUAAGCGUUUUGUUAGUGCUGUAAAUUAAUCCUUGGUUUUCUACGCUGCAGCGGUAGUCGAAGUCUUCCCGAGGA